AUGAAGAAACUUCAUAGUUGUAUAGAUUGUUAUCUUUUUAUAUUUUGCCCACAAUCCAAACAGUUCACGAAACGUUCAUUAGUCACGAGGCAAGUUGAAUUUAGUUUUAUUGCAUUUGAAAUAUUGAUGAUAUUUUGGAGAGCUAAUAAUGAAACACAAAGCUUCAGGCAAAUAUUUCCAUCAAAAAUAAUGAAAUUGGCCAACCUUGAAGAAGCUCUUUAUUUAGGUGACUCCCUUCAAAAUUCUUAUAAAGAAAGUUCACUGUAUAUAUCUAAUUUGGUCCAAUUUCUUUUAGAAGUUCCAAAUUUGAAAUAA